UGGUUCAGGCAACAUGGUAGAAAUGUGAUGUUCUGUAGCUGCGGGAAGAAUCAUUUAAAAGUCAUUUUUCAUAAAGUCGCCUUCAUGGAAAAUAAGACAUAAAGCUGACUUAAUGUAUUUCGUGUUUUUCCCUUUGAACACCUAAGUACUGAAAUCGUUUGCUGAAAUGUCCACGCUUGCGGUAGCUACGCUUCAUCAGGCUCUGAGGAAAAGCUUCGCGACACUUGAAAGCAACCAAAAAGUAUGGAAGAGUGUUUUAGCCGAGUGCAGCCCUCUGAUGGUGUCUCUCGGGAAUUUGGCGGAGCAGUCGAGAGCACUGUCCAACGUGCAGAUCUCCAACACACCGCUCAGAGGUUUUCCUGAUCUGGAGGAGAGACUCCGCUUUAAGCUCCUUGAAGCAACGGAUAUAGUGCUGGGAAAACUCAACGAGAAGAUGUCUUCCCUCCAGUCUGCGAGGGAUGCUAUCAGUAACCAGGUUGCUUCAAUCCUUCAUCUGUACGAGCAGAACGCACACAGUUUAGAUCUGCUUGCAGUAACUGAGGGAUCAACCACCACCCCGUCGGUUGCUGACAUGCUCGAGUGGCUUCAGGAUGCUGAGCGUCACUAUCGGCAACAAUUCCUGAGGAGGAAAACUCUGCUUCAAACACUGAGAGCAGAUGACCUCUCUCUUCUGGAAUCUGCUCCCCAAAGGUGGAACUCAUUGGAGUCUCCCAGUGCUGAGGACCACAUCACAGAUACACUUUGCAAAGUGUCUUUCUUUGUGGAGUCGCAGUGAAGAUUGUUAAGGACUUACCUAAUCGUGAAUAUAACUGCAUUUUAAUGAAGACAAUGAGAAGAAAGAGAUCCACAAGAAUGACUGAAUCUAGCUCCACAUUGACUUGAACUGAUGCACACAAACAUCGCUUGGAGGACAAUGGUGCAGUGAAAGCUCCUGGUUCAAACCUCCUGGUUAACUGUUGGUUUUUGUGUGGAGCUUGCAUGUUAUUCCUGAGCCUGCAGGGGUUCCAUUGGCUUCUUCCCACAGUCCAAAAACACAAACUUGUAUGUAAAUUGGAUGCCUGGAUGUGAAAGUAUAAAUAGUUCUGUCUUCCCUGAUGAACUGUUAAGCCCAGAUAGGAUCAGCAAUUAAAAAUGGAUGAGUGGACUUAAACUGCUUCUAGAUCUAUUUUGAAGGGAAACCAGGGUGGCCUAAAAACUACAAAUAAGUAUUUACAAAUAAUGGGGCCAAUGUAAAAUAUUGAUUUAUCUUGAAUUCAGUUUGGAUGGAUUGAAAAGUUUAAUCCAGUACGUAUGAGAAUUUUGAGCACAAGUGAAAUUAAAUGUAUUGAUUGAACAGAAA